AUGUUUGCACCUGUUAACCAUGGUAGAAUGAUGACUUCAAAUUUAAUAGAGUAUAUAAAUGAUAAACUGAAGCUUGCACGUGAGUUGUCGAUAAUAGAAUUUUUGAAACAUGCUAGAAAAUUAUUUGAAAAGUGGAAUUGCAAGAAUAGAGAAAGAGCAUCUUAUGCAAACACGUCAUUGGGUAGUAGAUUCGAAGGAAUUCUUCAACUAAAUACUUCAAAAUCUUCAAGGCUUAAGGUUAGUGCGUCAUCAAUAUAUGUAUAUUCUAUUUACGAUGAUGACAGAAAGUACAUAAUAACAUGCGCGAUUGCAGUACUAAAAAGCAAACAUGUAGUUGAUAUGAAGCCUUAUUGCUCAGAGUUUUAUUAUCCUGGAACAUUAAGGAAGACGUAUGAAGAAUCUAUGUUUUCAAUGCCCAAUAAGAAGGAUUGGAUUGUGCCACAAGAAGUAAUGGACGAAGUUGUGUUACCGUCAAAAUACAAACGUUCACCCGGAAGGCCAAAGAAAAACAUGCACAAGAAAUCAAGUGAAACAAUGACAUCGAGCAGUAAUUGUUGCGGGAGAUGUGGUUAUGCAGGUCACAACAGGCGCACUUGUAACUUCUUUCCAAAGGAGGAUUGA